CGCAGCGACGGGUUAAUCAUUCAAUCAUUCGCAAGUUCAGAAAGAGAGCCCCCAUCAAUCAUUCAGCAUCUACAGUUCUGCAAUUGCUCGGAAACUCGCUCAGUUCUACAGCGAUGGGCCAAUCAAGAGCCCAUGGCAGCCGAUAAGCAUCCAUCAAGAGAUCCCACCCCACCCCAUUAGCUAGGUUUCCACUCUCCAGUCUCCACUCCGUGGCGGCGGCGGAUCUCCUUCACCUGCCGGCUCGCGGAUCUCGUUGCCGCGCCCGAUCGAUCUCUCUCGCCGCUGCAUCGAGCUUGGCGUGCGCCGGCAUUACGCCGUGAUUAGGCUAGCUGGACAUUGCGCCGGGACCGUUUGAUUAGUGGCGCCCCAAGCUUCUCCGGAAAGAUUGAGCCAUGACGUGAGCCAACCUCGCCAGGAGCAGAGUAAGGGGACCGAUGGCGCCUGUGGUGACCGCCGCACUCGGCGCGCUGGGUCCUCUGCUGGGGAAGCUCGCCGAUUUGCUCGCCAAUGAGUGCGGCCGCCUCAAAAGGGUCCGCCGCGAGAUCCGCUCCCUCCGGACAGAGUUUACCAGCAUGCAUGCUGCUCUACAGAGAUACGCCAUGCUAGAGGACCCUGAUCACCAGGUGAAGCAAUGGGUAUCGCUGGUGAGGGAGUUGGCCUAUGAUACCGAGGAUCUUUUCGACAAGUUCAUUCGCCACCUCGGCAACGGUGAGAGUCAUGAUGGCGGCUUCAAGGAGUACUUCCGCAAGACUGCUCGGCGUCUGAAGACGCUUGGAGCUCGGCAUGGGAUCGCCAGCCAAAUCGACGACCUGAAGCUUCGUAUCAAGGAAGUGAAAGAGCUCAAGACUAGUUACAAGCUGGAUGAUACUGCUUCUAGCACCCAGGGCCAUGCAACCGUGGAUCCCAGGUUGGCCGCUCUUUUUGCGGAGGAGGCACACCUUGUUGGCAUUGACGGUCCAAGAGAUGAUCUUGCCAAGUGGAUGCUGGAAGAAGAAAACAAACAUCAUCGCAGGGUGCUGUCUAUUGUUGGAUUCGGUGGAUUGGGAAAGACAACAUUGGCGAAUGAAGUCUAUCGCAAGAUUCAGGGGCAUUUUGAUUGUCAUGCUAUUGUGUCGGUCUCACAAAAGCCAGAUACAAAGAAAAUCAUCAAUGAUUUGAUCUCGCAGGUGUCUCGCAAGGAUGAAUUCACAAAAGAUAUGGAGAGCUGGGAUGAAAAGAAAUCCAUUGGAAAGCUAAGAGAACUAUUACAAGAUAAAAGGUAUCUUGUCAUCAUUGAUGAUAUAUGGUCUACAUUAGCAUGGAAAGCAAUCAAUUGUGCUUUUCCAGAGAUUAAUUCUUCAAGCAGAAUUAUAACUACAACACGCAUAUUGGAAGUAGCAAGUUUUUGUUGUCCUGCUCGUGAUGACCAGAUCUAUCAAAUGAAACCUCUAAGUGACAUCCACUCUGAAAGACUAUUUUUUAACAGAAUUUUUGGUUCAGAAGAGCGCUGCCCUUAUAUGCUUAUUGAAGUUUCAAAAGCUAUCUUGAAGAAGUGUGGAGGCCUACCAUUGGCAAUUAUCAGUAUUUCUGGUUUACUAGCAAACAGACCACGUGUCAAAGAAGAGUGGGAGAAGGUAAAAAGAUCAAUUGGUUCUGACUUGAACGGAAGCCAAAGUCUAGAAGGAAUGAAGAACAUACUAUCCUUGAGCUAUAAUGAUCUUCCACCAAACCUCAAGACUGUCUUGUUGCACUUAAGUAAUUUCCCCGAGGAUUAUCUGAUUGACAGAGAAAGGUUGGCGAGGCAAUGGAUUGCGGAAGGCUUUAUUUCUGAAGAGCGUGGGAGGAGCUAUCAAGAGGUUGCAGAAAGUUAUUUUUACGAGCUUAUCAAUAAAAGCCUUGUCCAACCAGUGGACAUUGGUUAUGAUGGGAUGGUUCAUGCCUGUCGAGUUCAUGACAUGAUGCUUGAACUUAUCAUUUCAAAAUCCAUUGAAGAAAAUUUCAUCACUGUGGUGAACGGCAGUCAAACUGUUUGGGAAAGUUCUCAAUGUUCUGUUCGACGAUUAUCGAUCCAGGACAUUGACCAGGAGCUUGCAUCUGAAUUGUCAAAGAAAGAUCUAAGGCAUGUCCGAUCUCUUAUAAAAACAUCAUUAGGAUGCAUCAAGCACUUGCCUAGUCUUGCUAAGUUUGAAGCUUUACAUGUACUAGAUUUUGGAGGUUGUCGAGGCCUGACGGAGUAUGAUAUGGAUGGUAUAGAAAACCUGUUCCAGCUAAAGUACCUAAGCUUUAGAAGAACGGACAUAUCGGAGCUACCAUCUGGAAUUGUGAUGCUACAUGAUCUAGAGACGCUAGAUUUAAGGGGUACAUCAAUCGAACACUUACCAGCUACAAUUGUUCAGCUCACUAAACUACAACAUCUACUCUGUGGCAAUCAUUUAUGGAAGAUACCAAUUGGGAUUGGGAAUAUGACAACCUUAAAGGAGAUCUCAGGCUUUGAUAUUACCAUGAGUUCAGUAGGUGCAGUGAAGGAGCUAGGGAGCCUGAUCAAUUUGAAGGUACUCCAUGUACGGUUCACGGUGAAAGAUGAAGAAUCUCAAGAGUACAAGAUUCAUGCAGAGAUGUUUCAUUCCUCACUAUGCAAGCUUGGCAGCCACAAACUGCAGUCCAUGCGGAUAGAUGGUGGUAAUUCGUCUCUAUUCAAGUUAUUAGAUUCCUGGUCUCCUCUUCCAUCUUGCCUCCAAAGAUUUGAGAUGGGAUCCCCGUACAGUUUAUCAAAACUGCCAAAGUGGAUUACUCCAGCGCUCACCAGGCUUGCAUGCCUGAACAUUAAUUUAAGUGUAAUAACAGAGGAGGUUCUUGGCAUACUUGGAGAGCUGCCUGCAUUACUUUCUCUGACACUUUAUACUGACACGGUCCAUAAAGACAGGCUAGUUUUGAAAGGCACAGGAUGCCGAUGUUUGAAGGAGUUCUUUUAUGAACCUUUUGGUGAAGGUGCAGUGACCCUUCUGUUUGAGGAAGGGGCACUGCCAAAGCUCGAGAUGCUUCAGCUGUGUUUUUCUGUAUCAAUGGCAAAGGCCUAUGGAUUCUACUUAGGUAUUGAGCACCUCCCAUAUCUGAAAGAUGUACACGUGAUUCUUGACAAUUGGGAUGCCACAUCUUCUGAAGUUGAGGCUGCAAAAGUUGCCAUAAGAGCAUCUCCAACAGCCGCGCUAAAGCGCCGUGCGCAAAAAACCUGUUAGCGCGCGCGCUGCGGCUGGUUUUGCGCGCCCGCCUGCGCUGGCUCCAGCAGCCGCGCUGAAAUGCAGCGCGCGCGCCGCUCCAGCAGCGCGCUAAAAUGCAGCGCGCGCGACUCGCCUGGCAUUUUGCAUAUAUGGAUAUUUUGGACAAAAAUGAACAUAUAAAAUUUGACACAAACAAGUUGAUGAAUAAAAG